AUGAAAAAUAUUAAAAAUAUCGAAGAAGACAAUGAUGAUGAUGAAAAUACUCGUUAUGAUGAUAAAGAAAAUAAUGAAGAAGAAGAAAAUGAUGAUGACCAGUUUAAUCUUCCUUUAUAUUUAUUAACAGACAAUAUUUAUGCAAUUGGAAAUACAAUGUUUAAUAAUAUAAUUAUGAUUGAUCUUCAUGAUGAAAUUAUAGAUAAGAAUGAUCUUCAUUUUAAAUUAUUGAAUGAAUUUUCAAAGAAAAUCUUAAAAUCACAAUAUAAUUUAUUAAAUAAUAAAGUAUUAUGUGAUGAGAUUCAAUAUUGUAUUAGUUGUCAAAUAAGAAGUGUUAAUCAUAAAGUAGCAUGGUAUUGUUAUCAUUUGAUGAAAGAAAGAAAAAAUAUGUCAUUAAAAUAUCUUAUUAAUUAUGAUGACCUUCCAUCAUUUGCUUUUAAAUCAAAACAAACUAGAAUAAAUUGGACUGAUAAAUCUAUUUCUAAUAUUGAAUUACCAAAGAGUUAUAGUUUGAUAGGAAAUGUAGUUGUAAAUAAAAUGAAACAUAAUACAAAUGUACAUCAAAUGAAUAAAGUUGAAUUUAGGAAAAGAAAAUCAAAAGAACUAUUUUUUAAUGAAAUUGAACCAUUUCAAAUGAAGAAGUAUGUAAUUAGUGAAAGAAGUAAAAAUGAUGAAGAUAAAAUAAUUAAUGAAGAUAAUGAAAUUAUUGAAGAAGAUAAUGUUGAAGAAAGAAUGUCAUCAAUUCAUUCACAUAAUUCUAUCAUUAAAAUAUCUCAAAAUGAAAUAUAUAUUAAUGAAAUACAUGAAUAUGAUAGUAUAUUAACAGAAGAAGAAUUUGAAAAGAUAAUGAAAACAUUUAAUGUUCCACAAAAAUGUAUGUUAUGUGGAAUAUCAAAGAAUAAUAAUAUAUAUCAAUUACAAUAUAAUAUUAAAGAAAUAGAAACAAUUAUAUUCCCAUUUUCAUCAAAAAAUAAAUAUGGAUUAAUAGCAUAUGUUAAUAAAAUUAAUAUAAUAGGAAAAGAAUGUGUAGUACAUAUUAAAUAUGGAAAUGAUAAAUAUCCAGUGUUUAUGAGAUGA